UGGGUGUCCGUGUUACAUAGCUCUCAGUGAUCCUAUUGUGGGUCUCCAUGUUUAAAACCUUCUCAGAGACUAAUGGUUUUUAUCUUUAUCUUCUUUUUAGCUCAUUUGAAUUUGAUUUAACUGAUGAUAACAACCGUGGAUCAUUCGAUUUUAACGAUAGCUGUUGCUCAAGUUGGUCGUCUGCAAGGUGGAUUAUUCCUGCAGCCAUUAAAUAUGCUUGUAAUCUAAACCAAUUCCAAUAAUGGUUUGAAAGGUUCUAUUCUGAUUGUUCUUUACAAGAAAGAUUCUACAAAGUACCGGAUUACGUAAUACCAAGCCUGUAUUUAUAACUUCAUAAAACGUUUCACUUCGACGUAUCGUGGCCAGCUUAUCGUCUGCCCGGAAUUUACCCAUACAAAAUUACACGCCAAAACUUUUUAUCGGCGGCGAGUGUAAUAUCACUCUUUUGAACUGAAAUUUUGCACGUACACAUCAAGGGACAAUGGCGAUAUUAAGUUUUUCUGUUUUUGUUUUAGUACUUAGUGGCUGUUUCUGCACAUGCGCGAAUGCGAAUAGAGGAUAUUUUGUUACGUGUCCAUCUACUUUGCGAUCCACUGCGUUGGAAUCGAUUAGCGUUACAAUAUUCCAUCCAUCUGAACCUGUUUUAGUAAAUGUGUCACUUAUUCACGACGGGAAGGAAGUUUCAUCAUCACAGAAAGAAAUUUUAGGAAAAGGUACUAUAGAGUUUAAGGUUCCGAAACUUCCACGAGGUGAAGCUGUCUUAAAAGUUUGUGGAAACUGUAUCCCUGGUAACCCUAAAGGAUAUACGUUUUUCAAUACAAGUUUAGUACGUAUUGAAGAAAAGGGAUCAUCGGUUUUUCUUCAAACUGACAGACCAAUUUAUAAGCCCGGACAAACAGUGCUUAUUCGUGCCUUCUUGGUGGAUCCAAAUUUGAAACCAAAAGAUGUUGAGAUUUUUGCUUAUGUUGUUGACCCUCAAGGGUCACGGAUGAUACAGUGGGAUAAUGUAAAACCAAUGUGUUGCGGAGUAGUGAAUUUUACGUUUCCAAUAUCUGAUCAACCAGUGCUGGGUGAAUGGUUUAUUUAUGCCAAAGUUCAAGGUCAAACUUACAACAUUAGUUUCGAUGUCCAAGAAUAUGUGUUGCCUCGAUUUCACAUUGAAGUAUACCCACCAAAAUACAUUGUUGGAUUUGAUGACUGCCAUUCAGUCGUUAUCAGUGCAAGUUAUGUGUAUGGACAACCAGUCCAUGGCAAGUUGUUGGUAACCAGUAAUAUACAUGGUGUUGGCUAUUUUGAAGACCGCAGGGGCUAUCCCAAAGAGGAUACCGUGAACAUUCAUGGUACAGCAACUGUACGUGUUUGUCCGGCCAAGCAUAUUGAUGGUCUGUAUGGCGACUAUUUCCGUGGUGUGCUUCAUAUCGAAGCCAAGGUGGUUGCUUCCGAUGGUAACACUUUUUCAGUUAUUGAUGAAUCUUGUCCAGUCUACAAGCAGCAGUUGGUUCAUAUCAAGUUUUCUGAAGACACAAAGCAACACUUCAAACCAGGCUUACCAUUCAAAGGCAAGAUCUUAGUCACAUACCCAGAUGGCUCACCGGCUGACGGGGUGACGGUUAGGGUAAAAACAACAGCCACUCAAGAGCUGAAUACUUACAACAAAGAAUUUGUCUCAAGGGAUGGCGCUAUUUCCUUUGAGAUUCCAGUGGUUGAGAUUUCAACUCAGAUGCUUUGGCUUGAUGCUGUUGUGACAGCUAUUGAUGGCAAGCAGGUAGAUGAGUUUACAUACUACUCACAAUACCUAACAGUCUACAGCUGGUACUCUCCCACAAAAAGUCACCUCCUACUUAGCAAUCUGAAUGAUGGUGAGGCUGAGGUCGGUGGCAUGGCACAAAUUGGACUCGCGUCAACAAUGCCAUGUAAUUUUACAUUGAACUAUGACAUCAUUUCUAGAGGGCGUAUUGUAACCUCAAACAGCCAACUGUUUUACCAACCAAGUUUAAUGGAUGAAUUCAGCUCAGAAGAUGGUACCAACUCCACAAUGUUGAGCCUCGGAUGCCAAGCAGCCUUUGAAAUUGAGGUGAUCCAUGCCAUGACCCCCAGCUUCCAGCUUGUUGGCUAUGUAGUGAAGGAUGACAGAGAGGGUGUAGCAGAUACUGUUACUAUUCCAGUUAAACCCAGUUUACAAAACAAGGUUACAGUGACAUCUUCAGUUAAUGAGACUUACCCCAGUAAGAAAGUGGACAUCACGAUAACGUCCACACCAGGAUCGUGUGUAUGCAUUGCGUCCGUUGACAGGAGUGUCCAUUUACUGAAGCCAAACUACCAGUUAACCAUUGAUAAGGUUUUACAAGAAAUGGGAAGCUAUUCAACCCAUGACGAACACGCCUAUGAGGAAUUUUGGUACAAUGGUGGAAAGAGGAAACGUCGAUCAAUCUGGUAUGACGUUGGGGGAAUGGAUGCAGGCUUUGCUUUUAGUGUUUUACAAGAAAUGGGAAGCUAUUCAACCCAUGACGAACACGCCUAUGAGGAAUUUUGGUACAAUGGUGGAAAGAGGAAGCGUCGAUCAAUCUGGUAUGACGUUGGGGGAAUGGAUGCAGGCUUUGCUUUUAGUGAAGCUGGUCUGAAGGUUAUGACAGACGUUGUUUUGUUAAAAUUUCAUCAAAAUGCUCCCAUUAAUGGAGGAGUUGAAGUCACCUCUCUAAACAAAGAAAAAGUUGAAUCUCGGCUUCCAAAACGAGAGACGAGAAAAAGGACAUAUUUCCCCGAAACUUGGCUUUGGCAGUGUUUCAACAUGAGUUCAACACGAAAACAAGAAACAUUUAGUGUUCAUGUUCCUGACACAAUUACAACAUGGGUAACAGAUGUGGUAUCAGUAUCCAAGCACACUGGGCUAGGCAUUGCUAGUCAGUCAACCAUUAAGACGUACAAGCCAUUCUUCGUUGAGUUUGCUCUACCAUAUGCAGUGAUACGUGGCGAACAAGUCAAGAUUCCUAUUACAAUUUACAAUUACCUUGACACCUGCGUACAGGCAUCGCUGACAUUAGGUCUUUCUGACGGCAUACAUUUUGUGAACCACCCUGGUAAACGUCAUGAGAAUUUCAUAUAUUGUAUGGAACCUAAUCAGAUGAAAACUGUGAACCAUCCUUUGAUCUUUGACCAGCUAGGAACAGGCAAAAUACAUGCUAGAGUAGUUGCUUUGAGGUCAAUGGAAUGCUGUGGAGAUUCAGUUGCAACCAACAAAGCAUUAGCAAUGGACAAAGUUUCAAAGCAAGUCACAGUAGAGCCAGAGGGUAUUCUUCGUUUUUAUACACACAGCGUGUUCUUCUGCCCUAAUGAGCGCAUAACAAUCUCUACACCUAACAACUAUGACUACAAAUUUGUGAAGAAACCAUCUGCCUUACGUGUGUUUGUCUUUGCGUGUAAGGCCAAGAAUGACGCUCAUAUUGCACUAGCGAGUGAUGCAACGGGAAUGGAUCUGUUUGAGAUUGUACUCGGAGGAUGGCAGAACACCAAGUCAUGGAUUGCUGCUUCAAAGCAGGGUGACCACUUGGUGACUGCUGCAACCCCAGGCAUUAUGUCAUGGGAUGAAUUUAAGGCAUUCUGGGUAACAUUCGAUAAUGGCUUAAUCAUGGUUGGUUACGGUGAAGUCCCUAGUAACAGUUCUGUUAUUAUGAGGUGGCAGUCACAAAAUGAUGUGUAUGUUGAUUACAUCGGAUUUUCAACAGGGUGGGGGUCACUUGGUGAAUUCAGAAUAUGGAGAAAAGAAGAUGCUGAGAACAGUUUCCUGGAGGUGUUUAACCUAGGCCUUCCGCUGAACUACAUCCCUGGUUCAGAGCACGCUGUGGCUACCAUGGUAGGUGACGUUAUGGGGCCUACGCUGACAAACCUGCACAACCUGAUCCGAUUACCGUUUGGAUGCGGGGAACAAAACAUGAUUCAUUUUGCACCAAAUGUGUAUGUGAUGAGCUACCUACAGCGGACUCACCAGUUGACAGAUGACAGGGAAAAAGAGGCAAUCAAGUUUCUGGUUCAAGGUUACCAGAGACAGCUAACAUACAAACAUAAUGACGGAUCCUACAGUGCAUUUGGUCAGCGAGAUUCCUCUGGAAGCAUGUGGUUGUCUGCAUUCGUCCUGAAGUCAUUUGCCCAAUCACGGCCGUUCAUUUACAUCGAUUCCACACUACUGGACAGCAACAAGCGUUGGAUUAUAAACCAGCAACUUCCAGAUGGAUCUUUUCCUCCGGUUGGAAGAGUUCUUAACAAAGACAUCCAAGGCGGUGUAAAAGGGAAGGUGUCACUGACAGCAUAUGUAGUGAUCGCAUUACUGGAGGCUGGAAUUAAGUCUGUUGAUGAAAUAGCUGCUAUUGAUAAUGCCAAUAAAUUUCUUGAAGAAAAUAUCCAGCAUGUAGAUGACCCAUACACUGCUGCCCUCACAGCCUAUGCUUUGGUUAGACUUGACAGCCAGGCAUCCAACAGAGCUGUCAGAAUUCUGAGAAGCAUGGCCAUCACUCAAGGAGGUUACACAUCAUGGCGAGUGACAGGUGAUCCAAUUGAAACAGUGGCCAGGUUUGGCGGGUUUGAGGAUAUAAAACAGACCAUCAACUCGGCUGAAGUUGAAAUGACAGCUUACGGAUUAUUGACAUAUACAGCUCUAGGGGACAUUGCAUCGGCCCUGCCGAUUGUUAAGUGGCUUUCCCAGCAGAGGAACGCCCUCGGUGGGUUUACAUCAACCCAGGAUACAUGUAUAGCAUUACAGGCUCUGGCUGAGUAUGCAACCUUAGCUUAUGUUGGUGGUGUUAACUUGACCAUAUCCCUGGCUACUGGAAACUACAACUUAGAGAAGUCCUUUGAACUUAACAACCAAAACAACAAAGUCUUGCAACAUGUUACGAUCCCCCAGAUUCCAAAUAUGAUGUUUGUGGAAGCUGAAGGAGAAGGUUGUGGCUUGCUACAGAUUGAUGUUAAAUACAAUAUACCUGAUCCAACGACCAAACAAUCCUUCAAAUUGAAUAUUAAAAUGAGAGAUUCAAAGAAAAUGAGGAAUUCUUUACGAAGGAGACGUUCUGCUGAUGGUCAAGACGAGUUGCAGCAUAACAGUGUGGAGCAGGAUAUUGUUAUGAUCCAGGCUUGUACUCGAUGGCUCCACCCAGGCUCCUCCAACAUGGCUGUACUAGAGGUAUCGCUCCACACAGGUCUUACUGCAGACUUUGAAAGUCUAGAUAAGAUCCCCCAGAUUCCAAAUAUGAUGUUUGUGGAAGCUGAAGGAGAAGGUUGUGGCUUGCUACAGCUGUGGCCAAUUUCUCCAGAAGAAUCCUGUGGAGACAUAGAUCUUGAUCGGAAAGAGAUUUCGGCAUCAAGUCCCGGAGAUUUAGUUCCAGAUGAUGACUGUAACACUCUGUCAAACGACUGCAAUGAGGAUGAGCAUGUAAAUGUCUGUGGAUGCGAUCGCACAUGCAUCAGCACCGGCACAAGCGUCUGCGGCAGCGAUAACAUUUUGUACAGCAGCGUUUGUCAGAUGGAGGUAGCUGCUUGCAAGUCUUCCACUUCAGUGUAUGCUGUUCCGCUGGCUUCAUGUCCAGAACCAGUUGAGGUCCCUAAACCAGAAGAACCUGUGAUCCAACAAGCAAGCUGGACAAGCCAACCAACAGAGAUCCAUUUGAAUUUGCAAAGUGAUGAUUAUGAAAGCUCUGGAGGUGUUAUGACUAUUGAUCAACCAGAACUGGUAGAUUACAGUAGUAAAGGGUCUGAAAUGUACGAACUGGUUCCAGGUCUCCAAAAUAACAAUGAGAAUGCAGAAGACGUAGCAACCUCUGAUGAAGAAAAUGUUCCUGUGGAAGAGAAGGUGGAUACAACUCUGGAACCAUUACCAUCACCUGAAAAGAUCUGGUCCACUGUACUGGUUGAGCUGGAAACAGAAAUUGCAGAUGUUACCAUUCAACCCACAGAAUUAAGCUCCACCAAUCAGCCAGAUACUUCGAAAAUACUUGACUAUACUCAUCAGCCAGAGCCCACUCAUGAACUUGACUCAACCCAUCAGCCAGAAACUAAAAACCUUAGCUCCACUAAUGGCCCAGAACCUGCGCGCAACCUUGACUCCACCCAACAACAACACCCUGGCCAUAAAUCUAACUUGACCCGUCAGCUAGAACCUGCCGAUAAACCUUACUCCACCCACCAGCCAGAACCUCAGGAACCUGCUCAUAAGCUUGACUUCACCCAUCAGCCAACAAUUAUUAUCGAACAGACGGAAAUUGUAGAAAUUGAAGAAGAGGAAACCAAGGUCCUUGAAUUACUUGAGUCAUCAACACAAAGUCACAUGAUACCAGACGAUAUGCAGUCAUUUGUGAUAGAUAUGCAGUCAGUCUCUAUGGUUUUGCAGUCGGCUCCUACGGAUGUGCAGUCAGACCCAGCGGAUGUGCAGUCACCCCCGAUGGAAGUGCAGUUACCCCCAGUAGAUGUACAGUCACCCCCAGUGGAUGUGCAGUCACCCCUGAUACAUAUUCAGUCAACCCCAGACUAUGUUCGGCCUAAGAAGAUUGCAGAAGUUUUUAAAGAAACUGUUUCUAAGGCAACACCAUCAACUUUAAAAAAUACAGACACAGUAAAUUCUCAAUCUCAGAUCCAGUAUCAGAUUUGGAAUGUGAGUAACUCAUCAUCAACUGAACACAGAGACCUGGUCUUUGAGACACUGAUCAUCAACUAUAAGGAUAUGCCUGCUUCAGAUGAUCCAUCCAGGUCAGGAGAUGCGACCCCAUUAAAGAGUAAAGAGAACAGCACGAAACAAACACAGAGCGAUAUAAAAAGUCGGCACCACCACCGUCACCGUCACCAAAAGGAGAAAAACUCUGAAAGUAAACAUCACCAGAAUGUCAGUCCACAAAGCAAGCUUGCUGUAGCUGAAAAGACAACCACCCCAAAAUCAGGGAAAUCCAAUCAUGCUUCCAGGAGUGCUAAAUAGAUGAAUAAAUGGUCUGCAUUUUUAAAAUAAUGUAUACAUAAAGUCCUAGCAGUUGUUUGUGGAGGUUUAUUUUAUCAUUGUAUUUAGAGUUUAAUAUCUCAGAAUAUGUGAUAAUAUGAUAAAGUUAAAGCCAUAUUUAUAUGAACAUUUGUACAGUACAAUAUAUUAAAUAAUGGCGGGAAUCUUCUAUCAGGCGACUUGGUAAAAUGAAUUGUUAAUUUGUAUGAUAAUAGUUAUUAUAAUAUUGAGGAAUACCUUCUGGUUGAAGUAUGAGUAAAGUUUGAAUUACUGUCCUGCAGCAUAAGUAAAGUUGUGUGAGAUUAAAGCAUAGUUCUGCUUCUGUAUUGUUUUUUUUUUGAAGAGAACCAAGGUUUUGUUCUUGAUGCUUUCUUGUUUGAAUUUUUGAGGUACAGAUAAAGACCAGAUAUAAGUCAUAUAUAGAUUAUAUCUAUUUGUAUGGUGUGAAAACAAACCUCAUGGAGUCGGAUAUCCUAAUGUGAUAGAAGGUCGUCGAGAUUGUAACAAUGUGCAUGUCUAUGGUAUAUAUGUACAUAUACAAACAAAUUAGGCCUAUGUGUAAAAGUGACCAUGUCUGUCAUUUGUAUUUAUUAUAUCUAUCUACUGUAGUAUCAUAAUUAUAUAGCUGAGAAGGGACAAAGCCCAUGUGUAUAAUGGAGUUUUCCAGAGUGUCGAUCAUGCUAAAAAACUUACAAUCAAAACAGAGCCAGGAAGUAUGUUUCCGAUGUCGAUCUUUUAAACCUAAGCAACAAUAUCCAAGGUCCAUUAUGGUCACAUAUAUGAGUAGUAUGCAUAACUUUUUGACACUUUAAUUUCAUUAUGAACAUGCUUACUGUAGGAGAAAGAAUUACCAUAAUAUAAGAGAUAUUUACUAGCAUAUUUAUAUGUAUAAUUGUAAGUUUUUGAAAAAAUUUUGUUUAUAAAUUUAUGAACUGGUGCGUGUCAACUGUUGUGUGUGGAAUGUUUUUUUUAUUGUUAACAAUUUCGCCAGACUUUUAUGAAAUAGUUAAAAUUGUAUUCAAUUCGAAGACUGGCUUGCUGUAAGCUUUAAACACAUCGUCAUUUUCAGCAAUGCUAACCCAGCAUUUUUAGAUAAGCUUAGUUACCAACUUUAGAUACAUGAAUAAUGUUUUGACAUUUAUUCCUCAUUUUAAAGCCUUGAUGUGAUGCUCACAUCUGCAGCAUUUUACUGUCCUAAGUGACGAUCGAAUUGUCAUAUUAUUAAAAUCACUGCUGAUAAACCUGAUUUUGUUCAAUCAAUCAAUCAAUUCGUAAGUUGUUGAAUACAAUAGUCCCUGUGUCCUUUGUUUUCAGUGACCAUAGAUUUGAAUCACCUGAAGUACUGUAACUGUAAACAGAUUUAUUUUUAAUUAAUUAUCAACAGUUUAGUACAGUAUUAUUAAUUUAUCGUUUAAAACGUUUAAAUCAGGUGCUAUCUCAACCCGGUUUUAGGCGACUUCCCAUAGCCAAUAUAAGAGAAUUUUUAAACAAUUUAAGAUGUGAGAGUUUUAUGAGAAGUUAAGAGUUCUCAUUCGAUUGUCGUGACUUUUUUAGGCGAUUUCCCAUAGCCAAUAUAAGAGUAUUUUUAAACACUUUAAGAUGCGAGUUUUAUAAGGAAUUAAGAGUUAUCAUUUAAUUGUCGCGUGACUCUCUUUAAAAAAAUGAAUGGCAUAUGCUAUUUUCGUAAGUUUGACUUUUCACUGAAUUAUCUCCUGUACAGUUCAUCUUCUUGUAAUAAAUUUUCAAAUAAACUUCUACCUUAAUAGUAUAAAAUGUGGUUUUUUUUGUGUAAGGGAUGCAAAUAAAACUUUUAAUUCGGUUACUAAA